AUGUUCGGCGACCUUCGGGAGCUACUGCUCUUGAGGGAGAGCGGAGGAGGCGGAGGGAGGAAGUCGAGUUAUGAAUUCAUCGGUGCAGCGUGUCCUGAAAUGGGCUCGGCCCAACCGCUAAUGUGUCCCUUGUUCGCCCACCGGUCCAUUCUUGAAGAGAAGGUCAAAGACGGCUCAGUCGGAGAUGGAGAUGACAUUGACGAGGGUCCUGCGACGAGCUUUAGGGACGCCGUAACAAGCGGUGCGGGGGUAUGGGGGCCUAUCUUGGGUGGAGUGGUAGCAGUAGGCGGCGGGUUGGCCCUGGUGGGAACACUUCUUCAUGAUCAAGAUUUCGAUCCGAACCUUGCCUGCCCUUCAGCGGUUGGAAUGGACUCUUGUGCCCCUGGGGUUGUGCGGACAGCCGAUGCUUGAGUUACUGCCUGAAUGUACUGUGCACCCUCAACUCCGAGGCUCCGAUAGAGGCUGGAGAGCGCCAAUACUGAGUGGCAAUAUCAUUGGAGGCGCGAGCUGGUUUGAACGGUAGAUUUUUUUAUUGUUCGAUUUUCCGUUGCAGACACUGCCAUGGGUACUUGGGAGUUUGAGCGAAAAUAUAUCAUGUUCCUUUUC